CUGCGGUUGCGAACAAUAGUUGUGUGCUUCCUGCCAUGUCGAAACACUUGCCCCUUCCCGUCGUGUAGCCAACUUUAUGGCCAAGCGGCGGCCCUCGCAGCUGAGCGAUGGUCCUGCAGAGCAAGAAUAGCCUGCUUUUGGUGUCUCUCUCUCCCGUUAGGGCUCACUUUGCAGCCUUGAAUUGAUGGUCUUUCGCUUCUGUUCCAGGCAGUCUUGAUAGUACUGCGGUGUCUGAGGACAGUCAAAUCAUCAGUGUUGCAUGGAUGUUUUCCAUCUCGAAAGAAGAGAAAUACCACGACGGUUUGACACAACGAGGAUGUACAUUGUCACCUUCUCUUCCUUCGUGACUUACAGCAGAGCUCUUUGAUGACGUGCAGCAUUGUAAUGCCGCCUGCCGUCUUGGCCAUGCAGCACCCUUGGCCAUCGCGAUCACGGCAACACUCUCAAUGCAGGUCCUAGCCGGGAGAAGGUCCGCACUGCGAGGUAUCAGGCAAAGAUUGCUCGGACUGCCCUUGAGCGUCAUGAUUUCUCCGUCAGCCAUCUCGAUAGGAUAGGCCGACAAGAUAGUUGGCAAGCUGAGUGUAGUCGAGUGUUUGACUAACGAUCAGAUUACACACUGAUCUGUCUAGCUCUUCGUCAAACCGCACAAGCCACGCCUGAAUGUCAUUGCAGACCACCCCCAAUGGAUCAUCACAUUCACGCCCAGAUGGUGCGUCCCUCAAGCUCCUCACCACCAUCAUCUCGCCGGACAGCUGAUCAAGUCGGCUGUCGGUGAACGACGCAUCCUUGGCCAUCGCGUCCACAAUGACGGCAACCUUCCCAGUGCAGGUUGUGGCUGGGCGAGAGGCGGAAAUACGAGGUGUCAGGCAAAGGUCGCCCGGACUCCCCUCUAGUGUCAUGAUCUCGCCGUUAGCCAGCUCGACAGAAUAAGCCGACUUGACUGCCAUCCCCUUCGUCGCCUUGACACCCCACGGCUGGUGCUCGCUCGUCUUGUUCGCCUUCUCCACCACUUUCUGCAGCAGCUCUCUCUCCACAUGUUGCUCCACAAACCUCUCGUACGCUGGGUCGGCGGUGUACGAAGGGAUUGCGUUGUCCUCGAAAGGGCCGGCGGUGUACGAAGGGAUUACGACCAUUGUCCUCGAUGCCUUCGUCUGAUCACCGCUCAAGUGCCCUG